AUGUAUAUACCCCAUUCUGAUUAUUAUCUAAGUCUGCCUGUCGCAGUAGACCGAUCGUUAGUUAUGACUCUUGUGGUUACUGAUUUUCUUUCUUUCUUUCUUUCUUUCUUUCUUUCUUUCUUUCUUUCUUUCUUUCUACACCACUUGUGUUUACUGAUUUUCUUUCUUUCUUUCUUUUUCUUUCUUUCUUUCUUUCUUUUUUUCUUUUUGCUUAUUUUUGUGAGUAUUGAGUUUCAUUUGUCUUUCUUUCUUACUUUCUUUCUUUCUUUCUUUCUUUCUUUCUUUCUUUCUUUCUUCUUCCGAUUCAUAUUUCUUUCUUUCUUUCUUUCUUUCUUUCUUUCUUUCUUUCUUUCUUUCUAUUCAAAUUACUAUUUUUCAAGACCCUUUUUUCUUUUCUGUUUCCUUUUUUCUAUCCUUUUGUCCUUUUUCUUGCUUUUCUUCCUUUAUUUUUACUUUUUUCUUUGUUCUCUUCUAUUUUUUGUAUUUUCCUUUUUUCUUUUUCCUUUUCUUUUUUCUUUUUCUAUCCUUUUUUCUUCUUUUUCCCUUUUUAUCUCCAUUUUUCUGCUUUUUUUUCUUUUUUCUUGCCUUUUCUCUCGCCUUUUUUUCUCCUUUUCCCUUUUUUCUCCAGUUUUCAUUUUUUUUCCUUUUUUCCUCUUUUCUUCUUUUUCCACCUUUUUUUACUUUUUCUCUCCUUUUUCCUUUUUCUCUUUUCCUUUUUCUUUUUUUCCUCUGUUUUCCUUGUUUCUCCAUAUUUCCCUUUUCUCCUUUUUCUUUUUUCUCCUUUUGCCACCUUCCCCCUUUCUCUUUUUUGUAAAGACGUGUGUGGCUCGCAGCGGAAACUCCACAUAUGUUUGUUUGGUUAUCUAUCUAUCUAUCUAUCUAUCUAUCUAUCUAUCUAUCUAUCUAUCUAUCUGA